UUUCAUAAAUGUAUUUCUGAUAUCCUGUUAAUUAAUGAAAAUAUUAUAUAUGCCUACAUGUAGCCUAUUCUAUGAUUUUGUUGUUUUAAAUAAAUUAUGCAUUUUAAGUUUAUCAGAAGUUCUAAUAGGCAUUCUCUCGUCAUCCAUUGUUCUCCCUUUCUCUUAACAUCACCCGCUCACAGUGAAACAUGAACUUCAGUACGGGUACACCUACUUCAAUUCCUCCCACUAUGAAGUUGUUGGGUUGUUGGAUGGUGAACUUGUGGACUUCUUCAGCAGAGGCCUCAAUUCCCCUGUACCUAAAAAAAGAUGGAAUGAAAACGAGACAAGCUUUGGAUAUUAUGAGUGGAAAGAAAGUAUUUCACAUCGACAGGACAUUAAUACGUGUUUUUUAUCCAGUGCUGUAGACCUGAAGAGGCACUUUGUAAAACAUAACUUAGGUGAGUUGCACCUUUGCUUUCUCAGCGUUGUUUUAGUUCAGUGUACUAAAUGCAUGUUAAUCCUUUCCAUCUUUGUCGUAUUAGGGGGUGAUAUUGUGCAGAUGAGACUUGGCUGUACUAAAAACCACCACUGGAGGCCUUAGCACGGAGGAGAAAGACAUUGGCUUUGCUGAGUUUGCCUAUUAUGGAAACACAGUGCUGCUCCUCAGUCAUAACUCAAACAUGUGGAUUCCAAAAGAUGAAGAUGAUCAACAUUUCACACCAUUGCACAAAAAUUGAACACCCUGAGCAUGAAAGACACUUUCACCAACUUUGUGAAUGUUAAGUGUCCUGUGGUACUUGAUCGUUUUCGAAUAUUAGAGAGCAAGAACUCAUCUGCUCCAAAGGUCUACACUGUCCCUAGUGGCUCUUUAAAACCUGGGUGGGUCAACCUGACUUGUUUAAUUACCGGAUCCUAUCCGAAGUCAUCACCCAUCGAGAUGAAUCUGUUUAGGGACAACAUCCUCCUAACGGAGAUGGAGGGUGUCCAUUCAUCGGGAGUCAGACCUAACGAAGACCACACCUACCAGCUGAGGAAGACAGUGAGGAUUAACGCCUCAGAGUCUGUCGUUUAUCGAUGUGAUGUCAAUCAUAAAAGCUUCCCUAAACCACGGAAUUACACUUGGGAGGUGAAAAAACAAGAGGAGGAGGAGCGAUCACAUCCUCUACUGGCUGUCGUUGCUGUUGCUGUCGUUGCUGUUGCUGUCGUUGCUGUUGCUGUCGUUGCUGUCGUUGCUGUUGUUGUUGCUGUUCUGUUUUUCAAAAACAGACGGAGAUCUGAACCUAAUGAACAUUUGGCUGCUCCUAAUCCUGAAGAGAAUGCUGCGCUGAGAGCUCAAGAUGGAGGGAGUUUGACUGAUCCAAGAGGUGAUGCCACUUCUGUCAAUCUGUCCUCUGAGAGAGAUGUUCUUUCAAAUGACCCUGAUGCUGAAGGUGAAAAUGAUGAAGCCUAUGGGAGUUGUAGAAGCUCUGAUUCAGACCUGUCACAGAUUCAAAUAACCUAAUUGGAAUUCAACACAGACCCAGCUGACAACACUCUUAUCCGAUUGUCAAUUUCCAAACGUUUUACGUGCCAACUGAAGAUAACCCAGAUCAUAUGAUUAUGCAUUACCUCUGCCUGGGAUCAA